AUGCAAUUCCCGGCGGACGCAGGACUAGAUGACUGCAUAGAGGCCCGCAUUACACAGUCCCAGCGAUGCAUGCAGGAACUGCAGCGUCUCCAGCAGGCAGCCGAAGCAACAAGUCGCCCCGUGCGGGGACUCCACGCAUUGUUGAAAGUCCAGCAGAGGGCACUCGGCAAGGUCGCCCAAAAGCAGCGCGGGCCAUCAGCGGCAUCCAUCUCGCAGGCCCAGUACUCUGGACUUAAGAGUUGCUGCUGGGAUGACAGGUGGGCUGUUGUCAGGAAGUGCCGCGGCCUCGUCGCCAUCAACAAAGAUUUCACCCGGAGCCCACGUCUGCCGGUCCCUCUGGAGGACGGUUUGAAACCGGUGGCUGUGGACGCCGUUGUCGACAGCGGCACCACCUGGCUCAAGUUCAUCUACAUAUCUUCCAAGGCACUUGAGUACCAGGUUGUGGCCGAAGGAUGGGCGAGCGAGCCGGAAGACGAUGAAGACGGGGAGGCAGCCGACGCUGUAGACGGAGGACUAGGCCACACAGAGUUCGCUGACACGGUCAAUAAGAUCGUCCUUGCGGCGCGCUGGAACCACUGCCAGCAAGUUCACCUCAUCCUGCCUGGACUCCGAGAGGGCAGGUCCGAGGCAGUAGACCGGAUGAUUCACUACAUCCGGCACAAUAUUGGGGAUGGCGACGUCUCGGUACAGGUGAGCUGUGCAGAUAGCCCAUUCCUCACGAAGCCACCUCCGCCUCUUGACGACGCGAUCAUCGCCCUCGUCAAGGACCGUGACCCGCUGGUCGGAGACGACUACGGGCGCCGAACAGGGACGGUCAACCUCGACCUGAGCGCCCUGGUUGCGCUCGUGACCGAUCUGCAGCACGGACCGAUCAUCACCCAGUUCAUCCUCGACCACGAAACGGACAGCAACGAACUGGUGGCGCAGCAGGACAUCCUCCUCAGCGUGCUGUACCCAGCCUUGCGCAGGCGCAAGCUGGUCUGCACCGGCCUGGCCGCAGCCUACUUCCGCAAACUCAUUGACGCAAUAUCCACACAUUCCGAAGAGACCCGCGCAAACUUCAUCCUCCCACCUUCAGAAGUCACAUCCGAGCCCCUAUCGGCAGAAGAGCUCCGCCAGACCCUCCAGAAGUGGUCCACCGUCCCAGUCCCGGACAACCUCUAUCUCCCGGUGCAGAUAGUGCCCGACAUCGACCUACCCGACGUCGAGGCACUCAUCGAAGCCAGCAAACUCACGCCCAUGGCCCUCGGCGUGGCUCGCGACUCGUCUCCGCUCAACCGUUCGGUCUACUGCUAUGGCUGGGCACACCGCCUAACCACGGUCACGGGCCACCGCGGUAUCGAACGGCAGGUGCGGCUUUCCCUGGUACGGCCCUGGACGCGCGGCGAGGAUAGCGGGGACGAGCGGCCACCGGACAUCUGCCAUCGCCACCUGGGUGGCUAUCUUAUCCACCGUGACAAGCCCAAGGACUGGCGAGAGAUGAUGCCCGAGGGAGCGGAAAUCCCACGGGAGGUAGUUAGGUGGACAUACCCGUGGACUACUUAG